AACACUACACCAAUCUCCAUAUAAUUUUCACGGUCCUUACACAAUGAAUCGUGAUCAUGGCAUGGAAGGCAUGGCACCGACAUACCCAUCAACCAACGGAACCUUUGGGAUGCAUCCCCACAAAAUGAUGAUGAUGCAUAUGAGCUUCUUUUGGGGAAAAAAUGCCGAGAUCCUCUUCUCCGGCUGGCCCGGUCGUCACGGCGCCGGUAUGUACGCUUUAGCCUUGAUAUUCAUCUUCUUGCUCGCUUUCCUUGUCGAAUGGCUCUCGCAUUGCCGGCUGAUCAAGCCGGGAUCGAGCGAUAAUGUCUCGGCUGGUAUUAAGCAGACGUUGUUGUAUGGGAUUAGGAUCGGUCUUGCGUAUUUGGUAAUGCUUGCUGUCAUGUCUUUUAAUGGCGGAGUGUUUUUGGUUGCGGUUUUGGGUCAUACGUUGGGAUUUCUUUUGUUUGGUAGUAGGGUUUUUAAGAAGAAUACUGACAUGUUCGAUUGUAAAACAUCUGAUCUUCCUCCUAUGAGCUGUUGAUUAAUUUA